AUGAACUGCCUGACCCUGGGGAGCCCUUGGGUCCGGCAAAGGAGCCCCUGCUGCUUGCAGGCCGGCUGGACUUGCGGAGCGGGGGGGGGGAGGCUUUGCCACCUCCACGUCCGGAGUGGCCCGACGCCCGCCUCUUCCCACCCCGCCGCCUGGGUUGCUGAUGGCGCGGCUGCUUCUCUCCCGCCAGACGCCAUCCUGGGGACCAGCGCGGCCGCUGGAGAAGGAGGAGGAGAGGGCUCCGCGCAACCAGGGCCACCGACCAAGGUGACUUUGGCGAAGAAAGUUCCUGUGUUGAAAGAAGAUGACUUCAUUUUGGCAGAAGGGACGGCCAUCCUUCUGUAUCUGAGCCGCAAGUACAAGACCCCCGACCACUGGUACCCCUCAGACCUUCGGAAGCGAGCCAAGGUGGAUGAGUACCUCUCCUGGCACCAGGCCAACAUCCGGGCCAACGCCCCCAAGACCAUGUGGAUCAAGGUGCUGAUCCCCCUCCUCACGGGCCAGGCGCUCCCGGCAGAGAAGCUGGAGGAGGUGAUGGAGGGCCUGGGGGUGUCUCUGAGGCAGCUGGAGGGGAUGUUCCUCCAGGAGAAGCCCUUCCUCGUGGGCAGCGAGGUCUCCCUGGCCGACCUGACGGCCCUGGUGGAGCUCAUGCAGCCGGUCGGUGUCGGAUGUGACAUCUUUAAGGACAGACCCAAGCUGGCCGCCUGGCGCGACCGAGUGGAAGCAGCCCUUGGCAAGGAGCUCUUCUUACAAGCACACCAGCUGAUUCUGAAUAUUAAGCAGCUGAGCACCAUCCAGAUCAACCCCCAGCUGAAGGAGCAGCUGGCCCCUGUACUGCUGAAGAUGAUGAAGUGAAUAAAGAGCUUUCGGAAGGAAGCUCCCUGCCGGA